GAACGUUGCCCGCUUGAAUCUAGGAGAGAGAGGGGGGAAGCGAGGAAGCGAAUGCGAUGGAGAGCUCAUCGUGCGUCUCGGAGAUGACGCCGGAAGAGGAGAUGGCGGUGAUCAGGGAGAUCAUCGACUCUUCGGAGUCACGGGUCAAAGAGGGCGACUCUUUCUACCUCAUUACCCUAAGGUGGUGGCAAGAAUGGCUUGACUAUGUUCAUCGUGGGAUAUCGGGUGUUGCUAACAAUGCUUCCUCUUCAUGUGCUAAUGAUUGUGAAUUGGAAGAUUCUACUAUUUCAAAGAGGCCUUCACGCAUUGACAAUUCAGAAUUGAUAUAUGAUAUGGCAUGUGAAGAGGAGCCUGAGACAAGUGCAGAAUUGCAUGACAGCCUAACAGAAGGGCAUGACUUUAUAUUACUUCCUGAAGAAGUUUGGAAGCAAUUAUACAUUUGGUAUGGUGGGGGCCCAACCUUGUCCAGAAAGGUGAUUAGUUCAGGUUCUCCUGAGACCGGAUUGUGUGUAGAAAUCUAUCUUCUUCGCCUUCUGCUAAUUCUUAUGCCAAAAGGAGAACAGGCAUUCAUAAGAAUAAGUAAACAGGAGACCAUUGGAGAACUCUGUAAAAGGGCGUGUGACAUAUUUGAUCUGACAGCAGACCAGAUAUGCAUUUGGAACUAUUAUGGCCAUAAGAAACAAGCCUUGAUGAAUGAUAUGGAUAAAACACUCAAUGAUGCUAAUAUAAAGAUGGACCAGGAGAUUUUGUUGGAGUUGAAUGAUGAUGGGGUGGCUUGUGGUGGUUGCAUGAGUUCCGUGCAGGAUAAUGGCUCUGCUGGGAAAGAAUCUGCUUCUCUCUUGGCAGAGCCUUGUAAGUCAAAUGUGUCUAUUGCUGGAGGUUUAUCCGCAAGCAAAGGUGUUACCAGAAGUUGCAGCUCAGAGAUAUCACAGAGUCAAUUUCUAGCUUCUCCGAUGGGCGAAGUUGAUGGUUCAGAGGGAACAAAUGGUGUGGUAGUGAGGGGAAGCACAGGCGGUUUGACUGGAUUGCUGAAUCUUGGAAACACUUGUUUCAUGAAUAGCGCAAUUCAGUGUCUUGUGCAUACACCAGAGUUUGCUAGAUACUUUCGCGAAGAUUAUCAUCAAGAAAUAAACUGGCAGAACCCUUUGGGAAUGGUUGGUGAACUUGCGAUGGCCUUUGGAGAGCUGCUGAGAAAAUUGUGGUCUCCUGGACGUGCACCCGUCUCUCCUCGGCCCUUUAAGACAAAAUUAGCUCGCUUUGCACCUCAAUUCAGUGGGUACAAUCAGCAUGACUCACAGGAGCUCUUGGCAUUUUUGUUAGAUGGACUUCAUGAAGACCUGAAUCGUGUAAAAUUCAAGCCUUAUAUAAAGUCAAAGGAUGCUGAUGGUAGGCCAGAUGAAGAAGUUGCUGAUGAAUAUUGGGCAAAUCAUAUUGCACGAAAUGAUUCCAUAAUUGUUGAUGUUUGUCAAGGUCAAUACAAGUCAACAUUAGUUUGCCCUGUUUGUGGGAAGGUUUCUAUUACUUUUGAUCCUUUCAUGUACCUUUCACUUCCAUUACCAUCAACAAAAACCCGCUCGAUGACACUCAUGGUCUUCACUAGUGAUGGAAGUGCACUUCCAACACCAUGCACUGUAACCGUGGCCAAGCAUGGUAAAUGCAAAGAUCUAAUCCAAGCAGUUAGCAGUGCUUGCUCAUUGAAAACAGGGGAGAAGCUUCUACUUGCAGAGAUCCGCAGUCAUUUGAUUCACCGUUUCCUGGAUGAUCCUUUAGUCUCCCUAUCCACCAUAAAGGAUGAUGAUCACCUCGCUGCAUAUAAGCUUCCAAAAUUUGAAAAGAACACAACUUUUCUGCAAUUAAUACACCGUCGGCAAGAUGUGGAGCCUAAUAAUGCUCACAGCAAGAUGGUCUGGAAACCUUAUGGGACGCCCCUUGUUGCACCCAUCUUACAAGAUGUUAAUACGAGAGGGGAUAUUCAAAAAAUUGUUCGGGUGAUGCUUGCUCCCAUGCGAAGAGCCGAAAGGUCAGAGCCAUCAGAACCAGAGAAAGCAAAAGUGGCAGCAGAGCAAGUCUCUGAAGGGCUUCAUGGAAGAGAUGAAUGUUCAGCUUGUCCAAUGGGAAAGGAGCAAAACGGUCAGGAAGAGGCCAGUUCCAUCAAGCUGCCUCUUCAAUUGGUAGAUGAGAACAAUGUCUGCAUUGAUCUAUCCAUUGGAGAAGAUAAACCGAUCCGGCUUUCAACUUCUUCAUCAUCCAUUUUAGUCUUUAUUGAUUGGUCUGAGAAAGAUUUAGAGAAGUAUGACACCCAUUAUCUUGACAAUCUACCAGAAGUAUUCAAAUAUGGAAAUGUCAAUAAGAAGUCACGCACAGAGCCGCGUGCAGAGUCACUAUCGUUGUAUACUUGCUUGGAGGCUUUCCUGCGAGAAGAGCCUUUGGUACCUGAAGAUAUGUGGUAUUGUCCGCAGUGCAAAGAGCGGAGACAAGCAAGCAAAAAGCUGGAUCUAUGGAGGCUUCCAGAAGUGCUAGUAAUUCAUUUAAAAAGGUUUUCCUACAGCAGAUCUGUAAAACAUAAACUGGAAAACUUUGUCAACUUCCCUAUCCAUGACCUCGACUUGACCAACUACGUAGCAAACAAGAAUAGUGGUCGCCGGCAGCUCUAUGAGCUCUACGCGUUGAGUAACCACUAUGGUGGCAUGGGAAGUGGACAUUAUACUGCACACAUUAAGAUUCUAGAGGAGAACAGGUGGUAUAACUUCGAUGACAGUCAUAUAUCUACGAUAACUGAGGAAGAAGUGAAGUCGGCUGCUGCUUAUGUAUUUUUCUACAGAAGAGUCAAGGGAGAAGCUGGGUCCACGAGUAACGGAUCUAUCUCUCCUGCAGAACAGGAGAAACUUUCUUGCAAGAAGUAGUUCAAUGCAGUACGAGUGAUAAGCGUUUAAGCCAUAGAGCAGUCAACUGGUAUUUGCUUGAGUUGUUGGCAAGGGAACAUGCUUGUUGAGUGUGCUUUCGCAUACAUGUUAGCAUGUCACAUUGUCGGCUGAUGCAUGGUGGGCGGAUUACACGCCAAGAUGGAGUGCAUGCAACGGCUAGACAAAAUUUUCAUAGCCAUGCAAAUGAGCCGAUUUCUGAAAGCAUCAUGGAUCCUAAAGCAUGGGGACGGUUGGACGGUGCUACAAUUUUUUGAAGCUCAUGCCGUGUAUCUCUGGUUUGUAGAUUAGCAGAAGAAAGCUGAUAUAUCUUACUUAUGCAGAUGGUUAUUGGCCACUAUUUGGACAAUCAAAAUUAUUCAUAUGAAUUACUUGGGCUAAUACUAUCUACUUUUAUAUAUAUAUAGAACAAUGACUCUGCAUAAAUAAAGUCAUCCAGUCAUUUAAUCAA